CCAGUCUAACAAUUGAACGGUAGUCAGCUUCGUGCACAAAAAAGGGACCGAUUCCGGUCACAUUUGUUGGACCGUAUACUGGGUUUUCAUUUUAUCGAUACAAGGAUAUUGUAGAACUAUAGCGUACCGGCUUAGCUUAGAUAAGACCAAGAACAUGAAGAAGAAGAACAACCUGAUGUUUUCGUCGAUGGUUUUUUAACGCAUGCAUGUAUUUGGACUAACAAAUAACACACUUGGACUAACAGAUACAUGCAUCACAACCCUCAACAUGAAUGCCACGUGCAUCCAAACCCUUUUCUGAAAAGUCUAGAUUCAAUAAGAAAAAAAGAAAACUGACAAAAAGUCAGCAGGACUAUUUCGCAAGUCACAUGAGUAUCAGUGGCGUUCUCUGGAACCAGAUUUUUCGGCCUGUGGCUAAAGUUGGCUUGGCUGUCACGUGUGAUGUGCUGGCGAUCAUGGGCUGCAACUGCACUAGGGAAAGGAUCGAGUUCGAAGGACGACGAUUCUACGUUUUGAGACGACUCGGAGAAGGCGGCUUCAGCGUCGUGGACCUCCUGGAGGACAACGACACCGGCAAGAAGUUUGCCCUGAAGCGAAUCCAAUGCCACUCCCGAGCGGAGGAGCAACUGGCUAAGGAGGAGGCGGAGUACCAUCGCAAGGUGCACCACCCAAACCUCAUACCACUGGAGGAGUGGAAGGUUACCAGUGGCCGGACGGGGGUCACCGAAGUGUUGCUCGUCCUUCCGUAUUUCAGAAGAGGCACAUUACAAGAAGAGUUAGACAGACUAGCUUCCAAAGGCGAGAAUAUACCAGAGGCCAGACUACUCAGACUCUAGGCAAUAUGUGAGGGAGUCAGGGCACUACACCAGGCAUCACCGGUGCCCCUCGCACAUAGGGAUAUGAAGCCUGGUAACGUGGUGCUGUCUGACAACGGAACACCAGUCAUCAUGGACUUUGGUUCCAUGGCACCAGCCAAGCUAGAGGUCAAAGGUCGAUCAGAGGCCCUGUCUGUACAAGAUCUUGCUGCUGAGAAGUGCAGCAUGUUGUUCCGAGCUCCAGAACUCUUCCAUGUUGAAAGCCACACCAUCAUUGGAAAGGUGGACGUUUGGUCAUUAGGAUGUACACUGUACGCCAUGGCGUUCCUACAGUCACCCUUUGAACCAGUGUAUCAACGUGGUGACAGCCUUCACCUUGCUGUCCUCGGACGCAAUUUCAAAUUCCCUGCCAACUCAAGGUACUCCACAGCUCUGCAUGAACUCAUUUCAUCCGUUCUUGUUGUGGAGGUCAUAGAAAGACCUUCAGUUACGUGGAUUAUAGAGCAGCUGGACAUUAUGCUACAACAGAUGGAGCACAGGGUGUAAAAAGUCAUGGUAGAAACGUAGCCCGUUGCAAUAAACCGGUUGUUACCAAGCCUGCUUAAAAAAAUAUUCGCAAACAAACAUUCCAUGUUUACGGGCUGUGUUGCAACGCACCGUAAUAUCGUGGAGGCUGCGAAAUUUUCAGCAGAAAGAUUCAAAUCAAAUGCUAACUGUCAUAAAAUGUCAAUGACCUGACUUUUAAAAAUGAGACUGAAAUCACCAGAGCUAGUUUUUGAGUUUGGACAUAUACAAUUUUUGGACAUAUAAAAGCGACAGGAACUUUCAACGGUUUCGCCCACAAAUGCAAAAUUCAGGAAAAUUUCAAACUUAUGUGUUGCAUCAAAAUCAAGAGCUGAGUAUGAUCUUUAUGGUGCAUUAUGAGAAAAUAGGAAAUGAAGAUUUCUUGUUUUAAAGACUCAAUUUGUAGCAUCUGGUCACAAACAACCGAUUGUUAUUUUUACUUUUACUUGCUAUUAUUUUCCAUAUCUGUACAUGUACUUGUAAAUACUUGACUUGUGAAGCUACUGUUUGCAAGGAUGUGAUUGUGGGGGCGGGGCUUGUUGGGUUUGUAGGGGGGCAGGAAGUGAUGGUGGUGGGUGAUGUGUUUAAAAACUUGUGGAUGCAUUUAUGACCCCAUCUACGUAUUCUCAAUGAGACAAUGCAGCGUUCUGCGCAAUCUUAUAAUUUUCAAUACAGUGGCACAUUCAAUUCACUUCAAUGCUUUAUUCUCAUAAUGUAAAAUAUAAAACUUGAUUCUGCAUAAAAGAAAUCACAUAAAUAUAUCUAAGAUUUACUUAUCACCGUUACAACUAUAAAAUACAGCAGUGAAAAGGAAGCGGGUGAAUGAAGUCGCCACGGCAAGGCCUUGUAAAUAAAAAGAAUAACUGCAAAGCCAAUUUCAAUAAUGGUACUGCCAUUUUAUCUGAAUGUUCACAGACCCUCAGCAUCUGAGUGUCUGGUUUGUACAUGUAACUGUGCAUAAACCACUGAUUAAGUGCCCAUUGGCUAAACACUCCACCUUGCACUACCUCUGGUUCCUAUGCUGCUUCAGGCGGGGCCUAGUGGGUUCAGUGGGCGGGGCCAAGUGCACAAUGUAAUUACAUGCGCAAUUGGCAUAGCCUAGUGGGUGCAGUGGGCGAGGCCAAGUGCACAAUGUAAUAGCAUGUGCAGCGGGCAGGACCUAGGUGGUGCAGUAGGCGGGGCCGAGUGUACUAUGUAAUAGCAUGUGCAGUGGGCGGGGCCUAGCUGGUGCAGUAGGCUGGGCCGAGUGUACUAUGUAAUAGCAUGUGCAGUGGGCGGAGCCUAGCAGGUGCAGUGGGCGGGGCAAAGUGCACAAUGUAAUUACAUGUGCAAUGGGCGGGGCCUAGUAGGUACAGUGGGUGGGGCCAAGUGCACAAUGUGAUUAUAUGCGCAGUGGGCGGGGCCUACAGGAAUCAGUCUUCUGGUUCUUGUUCAUGGUUCCUUUCAGUAAACACAAUAGAACAAGAGACCCACAAGAAAGUCUUUAAAAAUUUUCCCCAUUUUAGAAAAAUGCUCUGGAGUUUGAGAUUUCAAUUGGAACAAAAGUGAAAAAAAUAAGGAAAACAAAGGUCUUCCCCACAAGAACCAGGAGGUACGACCUUGUGUGUUAACACCGCAAUGACAAUGUAAUAACGAAGACAGAGCAAACACCGUUUUAUUUUUAUACAUUAUUUAUUCUACUUUUGUUCUAUACUUUCAAGCAAUGUAGUUGGAAUAUUCGUUAGAUGUAUGAUUAAAUUCAAGUUUAUUAUAUUGUAUGUUUUUUCUUUUAAUUGAUGAAUAAUGCAUUGUACAUUUUAUUUCUGCUUUGAAUUCAAGGCUUUAGUGAAACAUUGUCAAGAAUGUAUUGGCAAAUAAAAAUGAGAUGAAAGGGCAAAAAAA